CUGUGCUAAACAUUAACCUCAAAUUAAAUGAAAAAUAAAAACAAAAAUAUUUAUUGUAGUUAUGGAUGAUUCAUUACAAAAUAUUGCAAGUGAAUUUGAGACUGAUUUUUUUGGCGACGAACAAAAUGCAAGUACCUCAACUGAAGCAUCUAGUACAGAUAAAAGCAAAGUAUCUAGUAAAACUCAUUGUAUUUUAGUAAAUCCAAAACAGAGAGGCAACCCUUUACUUAAAGCUAUCCAUAAUGUUCCCUGGGAGUACGGGGACAUUACUCCUGACUAUGAGAUGGGUUCAACUACAUGUGCUUUGUUCCUAUCGAUUCGUUACCAUAAUCUAAAUCCGGAUUAUAUUCACGACAGACUUAAGAAGUUAGGGCAAUCUUAUCAAUUCAGGGUGUUAUUGGUACAGAUAGAUGUUAAAGAUCCCCAUCAUGUUUUAAAAAAUUUAACAAGAAUAUGUAUAUUGGCUGAUUUAACGCUAAUUUUGGCAUGGAGUGCAGAAGAAGCCGGAAAGAUAAUAGAAACAUAUAAAAUUUACGAGAACAAACCAGCAGAUUAUAUAAAAGAGAAGGGGGAGUCAUCACCAUAUUUAAGACUGAUACAGGUGUUGACAUCUAUAAGAAUAGUCAAUAAAUCAGAUGCCAUGGCGCUCAUAGAUAAAUUUAAAACCUUAGACCGUAUUUUACAAGCUUCUGAGUUGCAAUUAGCAGAAAUGCCGGGGUUUGGAUUAAGGAAAGCUAAUAAGUUAUAUACAACAUUACAUAGUAAGUUUUGUAGGUGAUUUUUGUGGUUUGAUUUUUUAGGAAAAUUGUAAUUUAUUAUUAAAUUAAAUAAAAUAUAUUUAUACUCUU